AAUCGGCCUUUAAAGCUAUUUCGUCAUUUUGAUGCUUGUAAUAACAAAUGUUUUUUUCGUCAUUUUUGCCUGUAUUAAAUAUAUAGGACAAUGAAAAGGAAGUCCUAGCUUAGUAGUAGAAGCACACAAUUCCUUAAUUAGUGUAGCAAUCAUGAUUGACUUAUCAACAGUGUUUCUGUUAGUUUGUGGACUUGGUCUCUACAUUCUGUGGAGAAAGACCACCAGAAAUGCCACACUGCCACCGGGACCACCGACAACACCAUUUCUGGGAAACUUAAACGUGAAGUUAGACAAUUUACCAGAAGCUUUCAGAGAAUAUAGACUAAAGUAUGGUGAUGUGUUUAGUUUAAUAUUAGGAUCCAAAACAAUGGUCGUAGUUAAUGGACUAGAAACACUCAAAGAAGUGUUCAUAAAAAAUGGAGAUGUGACGUCAGAUCGUCCUGAUAUGUUUAUUGCGAAGGAAAUUGGUCAUUAUAAAGGUAUUGCAAGUUCGUCUGGUUCCCGAUGGAAAGAACACAGAACCUUUACAAUAGGAGCACUACGCGAGUUUGGGUUUGGUAAGAGGAGUUUGGAAUCAAAGAUAAUGGAAGAGGUUGAAGUCUUGAUGAAGGUCAUUGGAGACAAAAAUGGAACACCGUUCUUCAUCAGAGGACUUUUGACCUUAUGUGUUUCCAAUAUAAUGUGUUCAAUAAACUUUGGUCAACGUUAUGAACACACUGACAAGUUUUUCAUGUCGCUUUUGGAAAAAAUUAAUCAAAACCUGAGCAACACCAAUAUAAUGUUUGUGGCUACCAUUUUUCCAUUUCUCAAACAUAUUCCCUAUGAUCCUUUUGGCUUAAAACGCAAUCUUCGUAAUGCUGAUGACGUGGAAAAACAUCUAACGCUUGUCAUAAAGGAACAUGAGGAGACAUAUGAUGAAAAACAUCUACGGGAUUAUGUUGAUAUCUACCUGAAAAGAAUGAAAUCAGAGAGAGGCAAUCCAGAAUCCACGUUUGAUCAUGAGCAGCUUCUAAAAACAAUAGGCGACUUGUUUGUAGCGGGAACUGAAACGACAUCAACAGCUGUGCAGUGGUUUAUAGUUUUGUUAAUAAAUCACCCGGAAGUUCAAAACUUAAUGCGACAAGAAAUCAGUGAUGUCAUUGGAACAUCUAGAUAUCCAUGUAUGGAAGAUAGGGGAAAACUACCUUAUACGGAAGCCGUUUUACAUGAAGUUCUGAGAUUCGGAUGCAUUGGCCCUCUUGCUGUUCCACAUGGGUUAACUAAAGAUUUCAAUUACAAGGGUCACGUGAUCCCAAAAGACACAAUUCUUAUACCUAAUUUGCAUUCUGUGCUGUAUGAUCCUGACAUUUUUGAAGAACCAGAAACGUUUAGACCUACAAGAUUCUUGGAUGCAGAUAGAAAGCUUGUGAAUGUAGAUAAAGUUUUAGUCUUCAGUCUGGGACGAAGAGUAUGUCCUGGCGAGUCAUUAGCCAGAAUGGAGUUUUUCCUGUUUACAACUUCACUUGUGCAAAGAUUCAAACUUCUGCCAUCAGAUCCAAAUCAUUUGCCUUCUACAAAGGGAAAGCUAGGCAUUACGUUGGCUCCAGAAGAAUACUCCUUUCGUGCAGUUGAAGUUGAAUCCCUAAAUACGUUGUAGUGUAAAUGGUUUCUCUAUAAUCAUAGCUCCAAUUAUACUAAUUUACAUAAUAUUAUAAUAAAAAAUAUUUUUAUCGC